ACAAGAAACAGCCUCUUAUAUGUUAUAUACUUAGUCUAUUUUUUUUCUCGUACGGAACAAACUAUUUCAGUUUAUUUACUCUGGUGGAAAUAACCAAUUCACUCCUAUGACCAUAAUGGAAUUACUGAUGUAGGCUGCUUCAGAGACUAUGGAGAAGAAAUGGACAUAUGGAGUUAUCUAUUCAUUCAUCCAGAUCCAUCUUGUCUGGGGCCUCUUAGAAGGAACAUUUGAUGAAAGAAAUGUCAUCUAUGCUUCUCUUGGCACAGAUGUGAACUUGACAUGUCAGACUCAGAAGAGAAGCUCCUUGGUGCAGAUACAAUGGUCCAAGAUCACCAAUAGCACAGAAAUGAUAGCUCUCUACCACCCUCAGUAUGGCUAUUACUGUGCCGCUAGGACCUCCUGUGAGUCCUUAGUAUCAUUCACUGAAUUGUCACGGAAUGUUUCAGAAUGGGUUUUGCACUUGAGAAACGUGUCUACUGCAGUGAGUGGGAAAUAUGAAUGUAGCUUUACUUUGUAUCCAGAGGGUACUGGGAGAAUGGUCAAGAACGUCCUUGUACAGAGCGAAGUUGCACAAGAUGAGAGGGGAGGCAACUAUACAGUCGAAGUAUUAUUCAACCACACGCUAGAAAUCCCAUGUUUUCAAAGUAUAUCCUCAGUUGUUUCAUCUGGGAUUACUGUUGCCUGGCUGAUGGAGGAAAAUGGAAUGCAAGAAACUCUUUUCAUCCAAAACAACACCUUUCUGGAGAACAGAAUUGUCCUACUUGAAAACCAUGGACUCUACCUGUCAUCGGUUGAAAUCUUUGAUGACGAUAGAAAGUUUUCCUGCCAUGUUACAAUCCAGUCUGGCAAAAUCCUGAAGAAUGUCACCAGAAUUAAAGUUUUUGCUAAACCAGAAAUCUCUAUGAACAUGCAGAACAGCUCCAUUGAUAUCUUGGAAGAGAAAAAUUUUAGCUGUUUGGUGAGGAAUGUAUUCCCCACGGCAAACCUCUCAUGGUAUAUGGAUGGAAAACUUCUUCGAAAUGAAAAAGAAGGCAUUUACAUUACCACUGAAAAGAAGAAAAGUGAUGAAGGCUUUUAUGAACUAACAUCUAAGUUGAGUGUUCUGAAGCCUAACCAGCCAAUUCUACCCAAUAAUUUGACAAUUUGGUGCAUGACUCUCUUUCCUGUCCCUGGAAAUGAAGUGUGGAAUAUCUCAUCCAGAAAAAUAGCUUUUUCCUUCGGUUAUGUGAAUACUACAACGGAUCCAUCCUAUAUCAUGGCAUCUACUUUCUCCACUUUCACAUCUCCUGUCAACAGCAGAGGCACAGCAGGUUAUGUGAAUACUCCAACAGAUCCAUCCAAUAUCACAGCAUCUACCAUCUCCAUCAUUACAACUUCUCUCAGCAACACAGGAAAGGCAGAUUAUCUCAGUACAACGACAUCAACCCUGGAAGAGACAAGGUCCACUCUAUCAAAUCCAGACGCCACCUCCCAUACCCACCAGUUCAAUUCCAGUGUAACUACACAAAGCUAUCCAGACCAUAGCGAGAAGCAAACAGAACCAACCCACCAGUUCAAUUCCAGUGUAACUACACAAAACUACCCAGACCAUAGCAAGAAGGAAACAGAGCCAACCCACCAGUUCAAUUCCAAUGUAACUACACAAAACUACCCAGACCAUAGCAAGAAGGAAACAGAACCAACCCACCAGUUCAAUUCCAGUGUAACUACACAAAACUACCCAGACCAUAACAAGAAGGAAACAGAACCAAACCACCAGUUCAAUUCCAACAUAACUACACAAAACUAUCCAGACCAUAGCAAGAAGGAAAUAGAACCAAAUCUGUGGGUGUUCACUUUGACCUACAACUCAACCCCUUCAGAAGCAGACACAAUAUUGAAUGGUACUGUGUCUAAUAAGCCGAAGAGUGGAAUAUCCUGGCCAGUGGUCGUGGCAGGUUUGCUUUUUAUAUGCGUCUUUCUAUUUGGUCUUGGAAUAAGAAAGUGGUGUCAGUACUGGAAGGAAAUCAUGGAGAGACCACCACCGUUCAAGCCUCCACCACCACCAAUCAAGUACACGUGCAUCGGAGAAUCAGUUGGAGGUGAUCUACCCUGUCAUGAGAUGGAAACUCUCUAAUCUUUUCUCUUAGGACUUUACUGAAUAGCAGUACCUGGCCUCUAUCCUGUUGAGAAGAUAAGAGAGUUGGUGUUUUACAUUACUCUGGCCCAUCUGUCAAACUUACACCACUGCAAAAAUUGAUGUCAGAUGUGAAUCACCUCUUUAUACAUUUGCUAACUGUGCCAUCUGCAUGUGCCUCAGAUUGAAACAGGAUGCUUGAAAAUGUCUUUAGGAUCACCGGUACUCAUUCCAAACAUUAUGAUCUUCAGAGAUUUUAUUGGCUUAAUAAGACAUAUAAUUUAAAGGAUAUAUCCUUUCAACUUCCUAGUGCAGCUGAAAAAUGUUGACAUUUUUCAUUUUAACUGUGAUUAAUAUGACAGCAAUGGCUAUAAGCAUAUGGCAAACCCAGAUCGACCCUCCCAUUUUUUCUGCCAGAAUUCUGAGCUAUUUACUCACACAAUAAUCAUCUUUGAAGUUUUGCUGGUUUGCUACAAAAAAUGAAAAGGAAAAAAAAAAGUAGAAGCAAAAAUACU